AUGGAGGGGCAAGGAGAGGGAGAAAGGUUUCUAGCGAAAAAGCUCAUCCUAGUAACCCAACUCGCAUGGAAUACGGGAAUCCCUCGUUCAGGCGAUAGUUCGUUCAAUAUCGAACGGCAAUGUUCCGGACUUAAGGCUUUGCAUCGGACAAGGCAAGCCAAGGCAAGACACGGGGAAGCUUUCCCGUGCAUUAGUUGGCUGGGAAAAGUGUUCCACCUCUAUGCCCUUCUCCUGGCCGAGCUGACAUUCCCACAUCUUGGGAUCGAAAGACCCAAAAAGGGCAAAGGAGAGGUUAAAGCGCAUAGCCAUCCGUCUGGGGGUCCGCGAGCAAACCCCCGCCUGCCUGAGGCUGAGACAAGGCUAGAGCCACGCCUGAAGACGGCUGGCCGAAAAGGGCGCAGCCGCAUUGAAAAUCACACCUUCGCACUACGCUAUUUCUCUCGAAAGAAACCACGCAUCGGGGGUUACGCAGACGUUGCACCGUGA